AUGCUGCUGGCUCGCGCGCUCCGCCCGGCCCUGGCCGCCCUGGCGCUCCGGCCCGCCUCCGCGCCUCGCCUGCCCGCCGCCCUGGCCGCCCGCCCCUUCACCCGCUCCCUCUGGCUGCCCAGCGGCGGCGGGCAGGGCCUGGGCGGCGGCGGCGGCCUCCUGCGCGGCCCCGGGGCCUCGCCCUCGCUGGCCUGCGCCUGCGGGGGGCUCCACACCGAGGGUGACAAAGCUUUUGCGGAGUUUCUGACGGAUGAGAUUAAGGAGGAGAAAAAAAUCCAGAAAAACAAAAGCUUGCCCAAAAUGUCCGGCGGGUGGGAGCUGGAUGUGCAGGGCACAGAAGCCAAGCUGGUUCGGAAAGUUGCCGGAGAAUCGGUCACCAUUUCCUUCAACAUUAACAACAGCAUCCCGCCCAGUUUUGAUGAGCCCCAGGAAGGGCAGAAACCCGAUGAGCAAGAGCCCGAGCUGACCUCCACCCCAAAUUUCGUCAUUGAAGUGACCAAGGAUGACACCAAACAGACACUUGUACUAGACUGCCAUUAUCCUGAGGAUGAGAUUGGUCAUGGAGAGGAGGAGGAGAGUGACAUCUUCGCUAUCCGGGAGGUGAGCUUCCAGCCCACAGGAGACUCGGAGUGGCGAGAAAAUAAUUACACCCUCAACACGGACUCUCUCGACUGGGCCCUUUACGACCACUUAAUGGAUUUCUUGGCUGACCGAGGGGUGGACAACACGUUUGCGGACGAGCUGAUCGAGCUCAGCACAGCACUGGAGCACCAAGAAUACAUUCGAUUCCUCGAAGGUCUUAAGCAGUUUGUGAAAUGCCAAUAGGCCGAGACCAAGUGGAAGGCCUAAAUCCCGUUAAU